AUGGGCGCCUAUCUCUAUGGGCGCCUAUCUCUAUGGGCGCCUAUCUCUAUGGGCGCCUAUCUCUAUGGGCGCCUAUCUCUAUGGGGGCCUAUCUCUAUGGGCGCCUAUCUCUAUGGGCGCCUAUCUCUAUGGGCGCCUAUCUCUAGGGGCACCUAUCUCUAUGGGCGCCCAUCUCUAGGGGGGCGCCUAUCUCUAGGGGCGCCUAUCUCUAUGGGCGCCUAUCUCUAUGGGCGCCUAUCUCUAUGGGCGCCUAUCUCUAUGGGCGCCUAUCUCUAUGGGCGCCUAUCUCUAUGGGCGCCUAUCUCUAUGGGCACCUAUCUCUAUGGGCGCCUAUCUCUAUGGGCGCCUAUCUCUAUGGGCGCCUAUCUCUAUGGGCGCCUAUCUCUAGGGGCACCUAUCUCUAUGGGCGCCUAUCUCUAUGGGCGCCUAUCUCUAUGGGCGCCCAUCUCUAGGGGCGCCUAUCUCUAUGGGCGCCUAUCUCUAAGGGCGCCUAUCUCUUGGGGCGCCUAUCUCUAUGGGCGCCUAUCUCUAGGGGCGCCUAUCUCUAUGGGCGCCUAUCUCUAG